AUGCACAAGCCUCGUAAGAACGGCGAGUGUAACUUGGAGGUAGUGGUAAAAGACGGCGUGAUAUCGACAGAAAUAGCCCAAGAGGAUAUGUCUCACACACAUAAUGUGGGUCCUGGAGAUCCACUUCUGGCAAAGCAGAAGCAUCACCAUCGCAAGGCUUUUGAGUAUAUAUCAAAAGCCUUGAAGAUUGAUGAAGAAAAUGAGGGUCAAAAAGAGCUAGCAAUAGAGCUAUACAAGAAAGGCAUCUAUGAAUUGGAGAGAGGUAUUGCAGUGGACUGCUGGGGCGGCCGCGGAGACGCGUGGCAACGCGCCCAAAGAUUACAUGAUAAGAUGAAAACCAACCUAGGCAUGGCAAAGGAUCGUUUGCAUUUUCUUGCCAACCUUGUCGCCCUCAGUAAGUUGGGCGUAGAGAGUGAGUCCGAGCGAAGCGACAAAAAGCCAACGGAGUCGCCUCUAAAGGCGCGAAGGCCAUUAGAGAAGUCGAAGACGACGCUCCUUGCGCAUACAGAAAGUAACAGUGGUCAAACGAAGUCACCAAAUGAAGUUGCGGGUCGCAAGCUCACAACAGCCGGUAGAAGGGUACCGAGCAGCGGUGGCGGGCCACUGAUGAAGUCCCAAACCCUGCCCAGGUCCAUGGGCCGCUCGUCAUCACAACCCAACAGCUCCAACGGUGGCUAUGGCCGCUACCCUGUAAAACCUGCGUCCACACCCCCAGCUGUGAAACGACAGCUUUCGGGUGGCUAUCAGGUACCAGUUAACGGGUCGCCCGUACGCCGUGCCGGGUCGCAACGCGGGACCCCCACUCGCAGCCGCACGCCGCAGUCGUUGAGCGUACGCGGCGUCGACCCCAAACUGGUCCAACUCAUACUCGACGAGAUCAUCGAAGGCGGGCCCAAGGUGCACUGGGACGACAUCGCUGGACAGGAGGCCGCCAAGCAAGCACUGCAAGAGAUGGUGGUGCUCCCUUCGCUUCGACCGGAGCUCUUUACUGGUCUGCGAUCACCAGCAAAGGGUUUGCUGCUUUUUGGACCACCGGGGAAUGGUAAGACGCUGUUGGCUCGUUGCGUGGCGGCAGAGUGUUCUGCGACGUUCUUCUCUAUAUCCGCGGCGACGCUGACCAGCAAAUACGUUGGUGACGGAGAGAAGAUGGUGCGCGCGCUUUUUCAAGUUGCCCGCGAGCUGCAGCCGUCAAUAAUAUUUGUGGACGAAGUGGACUCGUUGCUUUGCGAGCGGUCAACUGGCGAGCAUGAGGCUUCCAGGCGGUUGAAGACGGAGUUCUUGGUGGAGUUCGACGGUCUGCCAGCCACCAGUGCGGAGAGACUUAUCGUGAUGGCAGCCACCAAUAGACCGCAGGAGUUGGAUGAAGCAGCGCUACGACGGUUCCCGAAGCGCGUGUAUGUAUCGCUGCCGGACAUUCGCACCCGCUGCGCGCUGCUGCGACGCGUACUCGCGCGAGGUGCGGCAGCGGCGUCGCUGGCGGACGAGGAGCUGGCGCGGCUGGCGGCGCUCACCGAUGGCUACAGCGGCAGCGACCUCACUGCGUUGUGUCGGGACGCUGCGCUUGGACCCAUCAGAGAAUUAGAUCCCGAAGAAGUUAAAUGCCUGGAUCUGUCACUGGUGCGCAGUAUUACAUUCCAAGACUUUAUGGACUCGUUGAAGAGGAUCCGGCCGUCCGUUUCACCGCACAGCCUCGUUGCCUACGAGAAGUGGUCCGUGCAAUACGGGGAGUUAGGAGUAUGA